CAGUGAGAAAUUGUUUUUUUUUUUUAAACCAAGUGUCGGUGAUGGGGCUUUAAUGGGGUACCCAGCUGUGCAAUUCCACAAGGAGAAGGAGGUGCGCAGGGUUGUGAUUGUUGAUGAGGUGGCAUUGGAGGAUGAGGAGGAUGAGAUGACCGAAGAGGAGGAGUACAUGAGGAAGAAGGAUGAUGAGGUAGCAAGGACUAGGGUGUGUCAUAUGACGAGUAAGAAGAAAACCUUCACUAAUGUUCGGAGGAAUGCAUUCCUCCCCCGUGCCUCUCCCAGUUGGGUAGAGACAAUGUCUAUGGGAUUUUCUGGCAAGAUUUGGUUGCUUGACACCUUUAAUUAUCUUGCUCCGAUUGAUCAGAGGGGUUACAGAUUGCUUGCAUCCCUCACCCAAGAGGAAAUGAAGGCUGAGUAUGAAAGGGCGCUGGACAUGAACACUACACCGCCAAAGGUCAAAUUCCCUUUCAAUGGGGAUGGGAUAUUCCUCCCCCCCAUGUCCUCAAUGGAUGUUGGUAAGUGCCCCCUGCCUCUCCCCAAUGUCCUGAUCAAGGGGAAUAAACCUCCUCAGAAUUCGUCAGCGUUAGCAGAGAUGGAGAGGAUUUGGAAUAUAGGGAGGUCAUACCUGAAGUGUAGGUGCUCUUCUGAAGGGAAGGCCGAUUGUGGGACAGGCCCCUCAUGGUUUGAUCACGUGAUAUGGUUCCUUUUGUACAAUAUGGACAUUCUCUAUCCGGAUGCACCAACCCCGAGGGCGAAAGUGUCCUCCUUGAUCAAGUGUCUUUCCACCUGUUGGAAACCAUUGAUGCUGACUUCUCUGUCGUUCGGAUGUGGGAGAGAGGUAAUGAUGCUUCUUGCAAAUAAGAUUGUUGCAAAUCCCUCCCUGACGAUUGACUCUGUGUUAGUGAGGGUGAAUGACGUUAAUCGGAAGGCGUUCAAGGAAUGUGCUAAGCUGCUCCUGAUGAGUAAGUAUGUUAAGAAAAGGCCUAGGGCAAAUGAGGUAUGCAAGGGAUCCCUGGUCAAUGGACCCCUCGGGAGAAAGCGGUGGGAGAAGCUAAAGGCUAAGGAAGGCUCCGCUCACAAAUUUGUGCAUAUCCAUUAUGUUGGCAGACUAAUGGACCCUCUGGGAGACGACGACGACGACGACGACGACGACGACGAAGAAGAAGAAGAAGAAGAAGAAGAAGAAGAAGAAGAAGAAGAAGAAGAAGAAGAAGAGGAAGGAGAAGGAGAGGGAGAAGAGGAAGGAAAAAAGGGGGAGGAGGAAGGAGAGCGUGGCGGGAAAGAAGGUGAGCGCUAUAGUGGGAGAGCGCAAAUAUGACGGAUAAGUGAGGUUGAGACAGUCAUCACCCGGCUUAUUGGGAUAAGCGUUGUGCCCAUCGUC